AUGUCAAUUCCCGGAUUCGCAGCCUCCGCGGCGUUCGAAGAACCCACGCUGGCCGUCGAGGUCACCAUUCCGGCGCGUGCCGAGUGGCGUUUCGAGUGCCCGUUCAAGCUGGUAAUGAAGGUGAAAAUCAUCGAGGGCGUGGCGGAGAUCUUCGGCACGGAGCUCCCCAACGACGUGGAGGUCCGGCUCACCGGCUGCAAAUACGCCAUCUACGCGCCGCUCGCGGCGGGCUGCCGCCUCCAGUACGAAGUGGGGCCAAACAAAGAGGAGCUCAAUAUCUCCAACGAAGACGCCAAAAUCUCCGAGUAUCUCAGCGACGACAGCCCUGCGCUGCAGUACACAAACGCGCACUUUGCCCUCGAGGUCAUGCGCCACGAGGCCGCGGCCAGCACGGACAGAAACGGCCCCCGUGUGCUUGUAUUGGGCAGCUCGCAAUCCGGCAAAACGGCGCUUGCCAAGACCUUGGCGGCGUACGCAGUGAAGAUGGACCGCGUGCCGCUCUUUGUCAACCUAGACCCGAAAACCGGGGUCUUUUCCGUGCCGGGGUCGCUCACGGCGACGCCCAUCAGUGAUGCUUUCGACCUCGAGAGUGUCAACGGAUGGGGCGGCUCCACCACGUCGGGCGCCACGUACCACAACCCGAAACAGCCGCUUGUGAAAAGCUUCGGGUUCUACGAGUUUUCGGAAAACGUGGACUUGUACAAGCACCAGGUGGCACAGCUCGGCAUUGCCUGCCUAUCGCGGGCCAGCCAGGAUGACCAGAUCCGCACGGGCGGGCUCAUAGUGGACACGCCCAGCUUGUCCAUGAAGGACGCGGCGGUGGUGGAAAAUAUCGUGGCGGAUUUCGACAUCAACAUCAUCUUGGUCACGGGCAGCGACCGGCUUGCCGUGGACCUCAAGAGAAAGUUUGCACACAAGAUCGCCCGGCAGACACUAGACGUGGUAAAAAUGGCCCGCAACAGUGCAGUGGCUGAGGUCGACGACUCGUUCGUCAGAAAGGCCCAAGAGGACACGAUCAAGGAGUACUUCAACGGCAACUUCAAGACCCGGUUGUCGCCCUACAAGACCGAUGUCGACAUGAAGAAUUACACCAUAUACAAGACGGUCAAGCUGUCGGAAUACGCGUCGCAAAUGGCGUUUCUCCCGGCAGGUGACUCCUCGAACUUGGAAAACUCCAUUAUUGCGAUCACUCAGGCCCCGGUGCCGGCCAACGGGAAAAUCGCCCCUCGCGACUUGCUCAAUGCUAGCGUGUUGGGAUACGCACACGUGUCGAAGGUCGACGAUGCCAAAUGCCGAAUGUCGUUGUUGUUGCCCUUUCCUGGGCAAAUCCCCCGGAACGUGCUCAUUGCGACCAGCAUAGGAUAUACGGAGUAGAUGGAAAGUGAGAGGCCACGGGGAGUGCCUAGAGGCCUCGCGUCUUACACUGGAGGACCUUUGCUUGGUUGGCUUUGCUUGGUUUGCUUUGCUUUGCUCGAGUGUGCCUUCUGGUAGAGUCUCGGGAGGAUUUUUGCGAGAAACGAUUCUGAGAUCAAACUGGAGCUCCAUGAAUGGAACCACUGCAGUUUUCGCAGACUUAAUCUAAAAAACUUUGGACGCAUGCACUUCUUUGUAUACGAUCUUCGCUCAUUUUCUAGCGAGGACGAUUACGGGGAUGAAUAUUAUGCCGAAAAGUGUGGCCCUAGGACAAUGGGCCGCAUGCCAAUUAACCCGGGAUCCGGAAAACCUGCCGCUUUUGUAGACCCUGCUGGUGGUACUUGCGGAUCAUCCCGUGGGUACAUCUUCCCGAAUAAACGAUUAAAAACACAACAAACAUGCCAUUAUAUAAAUUGGUCUCUUCUCC